CCUUCCCCCCCUCUCCGCGGCCCCAAACUGGACAUAAAAGCGAGUCCCAGCCCUGCCGAGCCCCACGGCCGGGUCGGAGGCUCCCCACUGCAGCCAUGGGGCCGUGUCCUGCUCCCGUCCUCGUCCUCGCUCUCUUCCUGCAGCUGGGGGCCGUGGUGAAUGCGCAGCCCCGGGGACGGAUCCUGGGGGGCUACGAGGCCAGGCCCCACCUGCGGCCGUACAUGGCCUCGCUGCAGCUGGACGGGCAGCACGUCUGCGGGGGCUUCCUCAUCGCCGAGCAGUGGGUGCUGAGCGCCGCGCACUGCACCGAGGGGACGAACGGGAAGCUCUUCCAGGUCCUGCUGGGAGCCCACUCGCUGACCGAGCCGGAGCCCCACAAGCGCCUGUACCGGGUGCGCGCGCAGAUCGCCCACCCCGGCAGCAACAUCCACAACAACAGGGACGACCUCCUGCUGCUCCAGCUGGAGGAGAAAGCGGAGCUGAACGCACACGUGAAGGUGCUGCCAUUCCAGCGGGAGGACAGGGACGUGGAGGCCGACACGCUGUGCGAGGCCGCGGGCUGGGGCACCGUCACCCACAGCGGGCGGCGGCCGGACAAGCUGCAGCAGGUGGAGCGGCCGGUGAUCAGCCGCGAGCUCUGCAACCACCGCACCCGCCACGACCAAACCAUCACCGAGAAGAUGAUGUGCACCGACUCCCGCAAGAAGGACACCUGCAAGGGAGACUCCGGGGGCCCCCUGGUCUGCAACGGCGUGGCCGAAGGGGUGGUGACGGCCGGCUCCCGGGUCUGCGGCAACUACAAGAAGCCCGCCAUCUACACCCGCAUCGCCCCGUACGCCACCUGGAUCGACGGCGUCAUGGCCUCAGCGGCCGGGGACAAGGCCGGGGACGAGGCCGGGGACGAGGCCGCUCGCUGAGCCGGGCUCACGGAGGGACCCGGCUCCACGCCACGGCUUGCUGCUGCCGGCCCGGCCCUCGCUGCUGCGCCGCUGGGCGCUGGGCUCCCCAAGCACCCCCGCACCGCCAGGCCGGGAGGGGGCACAAAAUGGGGCAGGGGGUCCCCAGCCUCCUGCUCGUGAGGCUCAGGGGCUGGCCGGGGGCUGGGCGAUGCCCGGGGAGGGGGGGGGUGCCCAGGCCGCAGGCUUUGCUGAACGCGCCCGUACCGCCCACCGCGACCCUCUGCAAUAAAGCAAUCACUGCUCCUGCC